AUGACUCACGAGGAAGAGACAACACCCCUUUUAAACGAAGUAGAAAAUCAGUCGAAUGGUGGAGAUGCUAUAUCCCAGAGAGUUCCAUUCGAUGUCCCUGAUGAGUUUGAAAACAAUGGUAGUAAUAGAAAUAGCAAUUUCAGUGGCAUAGUGACACCAGUUGUUAGAAGAAUGAGAAGUACCACAAUGUCUAGUAUAAUGAGUACCAGCAUACAAGCUGUUAAGGGGCAUAUGGACAAAAAGAGGUUUGUUUUCCUUAUACUUUCCUCAUUUUGUAUUUACUUAGGCUUUGUGGCUGCAUUUGCACCUAGAACUUCAUUAUCUAGGGAUUUCAAGAGGUGGCACAAUUCAAAACUCACCACAGCAGAGGUUUACAGGAUUUAUUUGGACACUUUACAAAAUAGCAAUCAUGUAAUGCAACAUGUAAAAAAUUAUUCUGAGCGUUUUGAAUCUCAGGAAGCUAGUGCAGAAUGGAGUUUGGAAUAUACUGUAUCCCAAUUGAGGGCAUUGGGAUUCCAGCCAAAAUUAGAAAAAUACUACCCAUGGGUUAGUAAGUUAGUAGAUACUCAAGUCGAAUUACUGGAAGAUGGUCUACCUAUAUUCAAGGCUACACUAUUAGAAGACUGCCUCCACGAUGAACAUUAUUGUGAAAGAGUAAAUUCUAAAGGUUUCCAUGCUUACUCACCGAAUGGUGAUGUCACAUCCCAGUAUGUGUACUGUAAUUAUGGCAGUCUAGAAGAUUACAGGCAGCUUUUGGAGAAUAAUAUCGAUAUUGAAGAUAAAGUUCAUAUAAUUAGGUCAGGUCGCUUACAAAGAGGAUUAAAAAUCAAAAAUGCAGAACUCUACGGUGCAUCAAGUGCAAUUAUCUAUACAGACCCAAUGGAUGACGGCGCAGUAACUGAGUCUAAUGGGUAUAAACCUUAUCCAAGAGGUCCGGCAAGAAAUCCAAGCUACAUUGAGAAAGGCUCAGUAGAAUUCUUCACCGAAAACCCAGGUGAUCCUACCACACCAGGCUACCCAGCGAAAUAUCCGGAUAUUGAAAGACUUUCUCCCGUAGGAAAGGUACCCAGAAUACCAUCAAUUCCAAUGAGUGCGAAGGAAGUUCAGCCUUUUUUGAAAGAAUUAAAUAACGAAGGGUUCCAAUUCACGGACAAAGAAGGGGGCAUACCGGAAUUUCGUUAUUUCAGUGGCCCCUCGAGGCCGAAUUUAAAGAUUCACCUACUCAACAACCAAAAUCAUUCAAUUGUAGAAAUUACGAAUGUUAUUGUAGAGAUUCCAGGUAUAUUAUCUGAUAGCACAGCAAUAAUUGGGAGUCACAGAGAAGCAUGGGAUAUCGGCACUACGAGCAACCCAAAUAGUGGAAGUGCCAUUCUUUUAGAAGUUGCACGAGGUAUGAGCAAAUUGCUAAAGCAUGGUUGGAAACCUCUAAGACCGAUCAAGCUGAUUAGUUGGGAUGGUGAAGAAUCAGCAUUAAUUGGCUCAACCGAAUACAUUGAAGAUCAUAUGUCUUUGAUGAAGAAGAGUGGAUUUUUUUACUUGAACUUGAACAAAGCUAUCUCAGGGACCAAAUUUCAAUGUAAAGCUAAUCCUUUGCUGACUAGUGUAAUUACAGAUGCCGCUAAAUUCACCGCUUUUAAAGGCAUGGAUGAUUGGACACUAUUCGAUGAGUGGAGGACUCAAUCCAAAAAUUCUAUUGAGUUACCUGCAGGCGAUGAGGCUUAUCCAGGAUUUCAGUAUCAUUUAGGUAUUCCAUCAGCAAGUUUUAGUUUUUCGAAUAAUGGUGUUGAUGAUGCGAUUUAUCAUUGCCAUUCGAAGUAUCAUUCUUCCCAAUGGCUGGAAAAUUUUGUGGAUCCAGAUUAUAAAUUGCAUAAUACUAUGGCAAGUUUUAUUGGUUUAGCUUCACUAAUGAUCAGUGAAAAUGAAUUAGCACAUGUGAAGACUAAUGAGUACUUCAUAGAGAUUUUUUAUUGGUAUAAGAAAUGGUACAAGGAAAUUAAUUUGCUAUUCCCACACGAUAAAAAAAUAACUGAAUUGGCUGAUUCUGUGUUCACAUCAAUUAAAUUGAUUACUUUGCAGGAUAGUGUCAACUUUGACAGGAGACUGAAGGACGUUAACCUUCAGUGUUCUCAGGAUUAUCCAAUAUGGGGCAUAAUAAAGAAAUUCAGGAUUUAUCUAAGCUUAUUACGCGCUAAUAACAAGUUGAAACAGUUAGAUAAACUCUUCAUGACUAAUCGUGGUUUAAAGGAUAGACCUUGGAUGAAGCAUUCAAUUUAUGCACCAGAUAAAGAGCUUGGUGUUACUGGCGAUGUAUUGCCAGGGUUGCACGAAGCUUUGUUAGAAAUGGAUAGGGAAGAAGUAUUUGAAUGGUUGACAAUCUUACUGAGCCAAUUCAAUAAUAUACGGUACCUUUUGAGGUAA